CUAGCUAGUUGGAUAGCUGCCGUUAACGUUAGUUAGCUGACAGCACUUGAUGUUGUAGCUAGCUCAUCAGCUAAAAUUGGAAUUGAAAAUGCUUGACAGGUAUUGACAUGAUCGAUAUAAUGAAGGACUACACUCCAUCUUGUAAUCCAAGGAUUUGACUGGGGAUGAGAGACAUAACCAUGGAAACGCCUGAGUUACCUCUUGAGGUAAGACUAGCAAAUAGGAUAGUAGCCUGCUUCAUAAAAUGACAUUUAGUGUCACUGAGGAUGUGGUUGUCAAUGCUUUGGGUGUCUUGACUAACACGGUUGUAUCAACAACUUAAUAUGCUACUACCAGCUAGCUAGCUAACAAGUUAUAAUGCAUUGAGACACACCUUAUAUGAUCAAUUUCCUUAUGCAUGGCACUAUGAUAAAAUUGUUGUAAAAGACCUGGUGGUCCAAUCAACUUCCUGUCUAGAUCAUCACCUACAUCCUAAGUUUCCUCAAAGCAUCAGACAGGAAGGAAGCCUCUCUGGUCUGCUGGAGCUGGUAUGAUGCGAGCCAAGACCUCCAAUUUCAGGUACUACUCUAUUCCACAAUUUCCCCUUAAUCUCACUAAUUUCAUAAAUCUAACUAACAGCCUAAUCCUAACUCUGACUCCAUUUUCCAGAGGAAUCUCACCUUCAAGUUCCCAGCCUCCAUCUCCUCCCUGGAUCUGAUCCGGUGCCUGAGUAGGCGUUCCCGCUGCAGCCUGGUUAUAAGCCACCUGGAUGGCUCCAGUAUGUCCCGGGCUGUGCUGCAGGGGAUAGGGCUCCAUCUGGGCCCUCGGCUGGAGAGCCUGGCCCUGCCAGGGAGCAGCGUGACCGAGUCUUCCCUCCUGGCCCUGCUGCCCCACCUGACCGCCCUGCGCAGACUUGACCUCCAUGGCCUGGACAGCCUCUUCAUGUCUGGAGCCUUUCUGUCCAGAGAAGAACACCGCCAGCAGGUCAGACCAUGUAGGCUGGAGAUGAUGAUUCUUUAAAAAAAAGUAUUUUUUACACAUGCCAGUUUUUAAAUGAGUUUGUCCUUUUCCUAGGUGCGGGUAGCUUUAGCAGGUCUUGAGGAGCUGGAUCUCUCUGACCUGCGCUAUCUAUCAGACCUCACCUUCAACCGUCUCACAGGCUGCACUCUCAGACUUCGCCGUCUCUCCCUGGCCGGCUGCCACAUCGCUUUUGAAUUUGACCCGUACCGUGGCUGCCCCGUGGGGCCUGACUCCUCUGCCCUACUCUCCCUACGGAACCUCCGCAGGCUGCUGCAGGAGCAGGCCUCCACCGUGCGGGGGCUGGACCUGAGCAGAACCAGCAUCACCCCAGAGUCACUGCGCUCCGUGGCCCAGGUAGGGGGCCUGUCUCUGGAGGAGCUGCGUCUGCGGGGCUGCAAGGAGCUGACAGACUACUCUGUGGAGGUGCUCUGCAAGCACCAGCCUGGCCUCCGGACCCUGGACCUCAGCGCCUGCACAGAGCUCACCAGCCGGGCUGUACUGGCUGUGGCCCUGGGCCUGAAGGGCCUCCGGCUCCUCUCUCUGUCCCGGGACUGGAGGGUGACGGAUAAAGGACUGGCUGACCUGAUGACGCUGCCAGAGCUGAAGAUCCUGGAUCUGUCUGAGUGCCUGCAUGUCAGUGGGGCCGAGAUAGUGAAAGGGCUCUCUGCCCCGGAGCCCAGGGCACGGCUGGAAACCCUCAGCCUCAAGAGCUGCACCUAUAUCAGGGUCAGUGUGUGUGCUGCUCUCUCCCUCACAUUACUAUGACUUUACCUGAGCUGUUUUACCUGACUCUUUUAGGAUUUAUCUUUUAUAGAAUGAAAUGUUUAUCAGGACAUCAUCUCUCAUGUUCCUUUGUUUCCCAUCUCUCUCAGGACCUGGCUGUGUUCUCUCUGGCUCGGCUGCUGGGCUCCAGUUUGCGGGAGCUGGACCUCACCUCCUGCGUCUACCUCACAGACCUGAGCGUGCGUGCUAUCGCCACCUACCUGCCCGGGCUGGUGGUGCUGCGAUUGGGCUGGUGCAAGGAGAUCACAGACUGGGGGCUGCUGGGCAUGGUGGAGCCCACCAAGGAGUGUGAGCCCAGCAAGGAAAUGGUAAGAGAGGGCUGGGUGGGGAGAAGUGUAGAAGUCUUGGGAAUAGGAUAUAAGAAAGCAGACCUGUGGGAGUGUGCAAGCUACAAGCGUGCAUGUGAGAAUGAAUGUGUGUGAUAGACAAGGGCCUUUAGCCUGUUCCUGUGAUUGUGCCAGAGCAGAACGCUGUGUUCAGCAGUCAGCCACUCAGAGGAAAUCUCUCCUUAUUCUUCUCCAAACAGGAAAUGGCCUCCCAGAGAAGUGCUGUUUCUGGCGUGACGAACGCUAGAGAAGUACCUUUGUAGAAGAGGAUGUGAAUGUGAAUCCUUGCCUACUCUUGUUUCUUGAUUUGAGCUCCCAAGUUGUGGUAGGCUUCAGACAGACAGAACCUUGUGAGGUAACUCUGUGCUGAUACUAGUCUGAUUAGAUCUGGUGAUGAUGGGCCCCGUGUAGCUCAGUUGGUAGAGCAUGGCGCUUGCAACACCAGGGUUGUGGGUUCGAUUCCCACGGGGGGCCAGUAUAAAAAAAGAAAUGUAUGCACUCACUAACUGUAAGUCGCUCUGGAUAAGAGCGUCUGCUAAAUGACUAAAAUGUAAAAUAAGUAGACUAGCUGGUCUUGUCUGCGCUUAUAUUCAUGUUACCACCACUGUAGUUUACUACAGCCAUGCACCCCUGACCUUUAUCUGACCUUCAACCUCUCACCCUGACACCUUGCAGGAGCACAAGGGGCCCAGCUUCACCUGUACUUUUGGGAACAUGGGUUUCUUCCGGCCUCCCAGCAAGCCCUUGCAGGAGAAGCCCCGGCUGGUGACGGACGAGGACCUGGGGGUGUUCAAGGAACAGGAGGGGGCCUCACUUCUGGCCCUCAGGAGCCUCCAGGAGCUCGACCUGUCUGCCUGCUCCAAACUCACUGACAGUAGCAUCACACAGGUUGGUCUACCAUGAGAAUAUACAGGCUAUGGUUAGGGCAAGGAGUUUUUCCUGACUGGGCAGAAUUAACCCUUGGCCCUAGUUUUAGGUUUUUCCUGGUCAGGUUAAGAAACACUCCAUUUAAGGGACACGUUUAAAAAAACGUAAUAUUCAUAAUCUCCAGCACGACCCCAACAUCAACAUAUGUGGAAAUGCCGUGUUUCUAUGUUUUGUAGUAUAGAAGAUAGAGGAAGAUAAGUGUUUCCAAUGACAUCAUCGGUGUGCGUCGUGUGAUUUCUUUUUUUUUUUUUACCAAUUGUGAGUAGGCAUUGCCUACUAAUUGUCUACUAAUUGGUUGAUGAUGUCAUUGGAAAUACCCAUCUUCCUCUAUCUUUUUUUUACUACAAGACAUAGAAACGUGCCAUUUUCACAUAUGUUGAUAAUGGGGUAGUGCUAGAUACGAUGAAUAUGAAGUUGAACAAUUUGACAAUUUCCCUGUAAGUGGUUGACGUCCUGUGUCCAUUGAAUGGGGAACCUUAGUUAACCGGGCAAUUGUUGUUGUGAGCAGGUGCUGCGUUAUCCAGACCUCCAGCGCCUCUCUCUCUCCAUGCUGCCUGAGAUCAGUGAUGACAGCCUGGCGUCGGUGGCCUACCACUGCCGCAGCCUCACCAGCCUGGCACUCAGCCACUGCCCCCAGAUCAGUGACCAGGGUAUCGCCCGCGCCGCCCCCUACCUCGCCAGGCUGCAGCACCUCUACCUGUCCUGCUGCGACACAGUCACAGAUAGGUGAGACACGCACACAGAACCCCAGAGAGACAGACUGUGUUAUCUGUGUAUCAGGGUUUGACAGCAGUGAACUCAUACUCCCAACAGGUCUCUCUCCAUGCUCGUCCAACACUGUAAGAGACUGCGGACGCUGGACAUCUCCAUGUGUAAAAACAUCUCCAUAACAACGGUGGACCUCCUCCAAUCACAGCUGCCCUUCCUAG